AAGAGACUCAGUAAGAGAAACACAACAUGACUGAGAAGAGUGAUAUAUGUCUGCUGGGACUGAUCCUUCUCUCUUCACUAUUCACAGGUGUGAGUGGAGCAGAAGUGAAUGAUGUGUUCAUAAGUUCUGGUGAAAGUGUGUUUCUGUCCUGUAAUGAUGCUCUUCAUCAAUGCUCCUCAACUACAUGGAUCUACAUUAAAAAUACAAGAUCAUCUACAGUAGAAUUGUUUACUGGAGGAAUAAAUAAGAAUAACACAAACAGAUCUGAGAGACUGAGUCUGACAUCUGACUGCUCUCUCAACAUCUAUAAAACAACACAACAUGAUGGUGGACGUUACACCUGCAGACAAUAUGUGAAUGGAAGUCAUCAUGGAUCUUAUUCACGUGUUUUUCUACAUGUUCUUCAUGUGUCUUCAUCAUCAUCAUCAUCAUCAUCAUCAUCAUCAUCAUCAUCAUCAUCACAGACUGAGAUAAGAGCAAACACACCUGUCACUCUCUCCUGUCAGCUGUUUUCAUAUAACUGUGAUAAUGUGUUCAGUUAUUAUGGAUAUCAGCUGGUGUGGAUGAAUCAGACUGAUGUCGAUCUAAAGACAGACUCCAGAUAUCAGAUUAGAUCAGAUAAACUCUGUCUCAUCUCUCUGACUACAACACUCGUGAAUGAAGACGACAACACAGAGUUGAGAUGUGUGUUCAAACACAAGAAUGACAUCAAGACCUCAGUCACAUAUACUGUCAGAUUUACAGCAUCUGUUACGUCAACAACAUCAAUCAUAACAAGAGUGAUUCUAGUGAUUAUUGAGGUGUCAGUGUUUGCUGCUCCUACAGUCAUUCUUCUUCAGAUCAUCCGUGCAGGAAGAGCGCACAACAGAAGGAGUCAGACUGCCCACCAGGAAGAGAUAUCAACUCAUGUAGAAUAAAACGCUCUGUUGAUAAAUGUGGAAAUUAUCCAUCUACUCUGUUUUUAUUAUGACUUUAUUAACAUGUCUUGAUUUGUAAGCCUUUAUGUUAACCCAAUGUGCUCAGAUUUUGUAUGAUUCUUUAAUGUACGGCUAGCCGUUGAUUAUCUUUUACAUAUGACAUUAUAUUUACAAAUGAUUAAACCAUUUUCCCUGUUCGUGACAUCUGAAUGUCGUUUCUUAACCUAAAACUGAAAGUAAACGUCUUUUCUCGCUUAUGGUCUGCAUUAGGAAAAAAAUAGCUAAUAAAAUAUUUGAAAUUCA